AGAUAAGUCUCGUGGGUCUCUUUGGGUCCGUCUGCUUUAUCGCCCGUCUAGCCUGGAGAGCGACCGCGUACUUCGCGUCAUCGCGCCGAUCUCGCGAUCAGCUGGGGCCAAUCACCCGACAUGCCUCACGACCCUACGCGCUGAAGAGGGUCAGGGCCAGCUGAAAUGGUCGUCUGCCGGGCCGCAGGUGGGGACCUGGUAGAUAGGCAUGACGUCUCAGCUUCAGGUUCACUGGCAGUCUUAAAAGCCGGGGUCGUGCCCUCGUUCCUCUCUCCCCAGUUCUUCUCGGAACAUCUUCAGGAAUCUCACUUACCCAUUGAACACUCACUGCUUCACUUGCCCAUCAUGGCUACCAAGAUCAAGCUCAUCCCAAACCUGAACUUUAAGCGGUCGGGGACCAAGUCCUAUGUGCACAUGAUGCGCAAGUACCGCUUCAAGCCAACCAAGCCCGGUCCCUAUACCCUCAGCAGCACGCUCCAGCAGACUGGUCGGCCAUACACUGACAAGGCAGUUGGUGGACGGGCCCAUAUUCGCCAGGUGAUGCGAAAGACGACCUCGGCCAGCGGCGAAGUCGGCGAGGUCCCUGCUGAAGACGUGCAGAACGACUCCGAGUACCUGGCGACAGUCGGGAUCGGAACGCCUGCGCAGAACCUGAAGUUGGAUUUUGACACAGGAUCUGCUGAUCUCUGGGUCUGGUCGACAAAGCUCCCGUCGACAAUCUUGUCGGAGAACAAGACUCACGCGGUCUUUAACCCGUCUGACUCCAGCACCUUCAAGACCCAGGAGGGUGAAUCAUGGCAGAUCUCGUACGGGGACGGAUCGUCUGCCUCCGGUAGCGUUGGAACCGAUGAUGUCAACAUUGGUGGACUGGUCGUCAAGAACCAAGCCGUCGAGUUGGCAGAGAAGAUGUCGACGGCGUUUGCUCAGGGCGAGGGUGAUGGGCUGCUCGGACUUGCAUUCAGCAACAUCAACACCGUUCAGCCCAAGUCGGUGAAGACCCCGGUCGAAAACAUGAUUUUGCAGGAUGACAUUCCCAAGUCUGCGGAGCUGUUCACAGCGAAGCUGGACACCUGGCGGGACACCGACGAGGAGUCGUUCUAUACUUUCGGAUACAUUGACCAAGACCUUGUCACGGCGGCCGGCGAAGACAUCUCCUACACCCCGAUCGACAAUAGCCAGGGCUUCUGGCUGUUCAACUCCACCUCGGCGAUGGUAAACGGCCAGACCAUCAACCGGUCCGGCAACACGGCGAUCGCCGACACCGGUACCACCCUUGCGCUGGUUGACGAUGAGACCUGCGAGGCCAUCUAUGGUGCCAUUGAGGGAGCUUAUUAUGACGAGGAAGUGCAGGGAUACAUCUACCCAUCCUCAACAUCAUCCGACAACCUGCCCGUUGUCUCAUUUGCCGUAGGAGAUAAGCAAUUUGUCGUGCAGAAGGAGGAUCUGGCCUACACCGAGGCCAAGACCGGAUAUGUGUACGGUGGAAUUCAGAGCCGUGGCAGCAUGGACAUGGAUAUUCUAGGCGAUACCUUCCUGAAGAGCAUUUAUGCGGUCUUCGAUGUCGGUAACUUGCGGUUUGGAGCUGUGCAGCGAGAGGAGCUGCGCCAGAGCCUUGCGCAGUAAGUGGGCUGGCUCACCAUGAUGGUUGAUGACUUAUGUGACUUUAUGUACUUUCAGUGGG